AUGGAUCCUGCUGCGAUGGAAGAAUUCCGCAAGCUGGACCAGGAAAAGAAUCGCCUCGAAGCGGAGAUCAAGACUCUGUACGAGUACCUCACAGAAGAUGGUAUGCCAGGGAUCUCAGGGCCUCUCGUGGAUGACGAGGGCUUUCCCAGAGGCGACAUCGACCUGUAUGCUGUUCGUCAGGCGCGGAACAAGUACGUGUGCGCACAGACCGACCACAUCGAAGUGAUGAAGAAGAUCGAACAGGCCAUCACUGCGCUGCACGCUGGUGCGAAGGUGCACGUCCCGCGGUCAGCGCCGGCCGCGCCGACCGAAGGGCCUCCCGAAGACGAGCCCAUGGGGGAGAACCAGAAUGUCCUGGUCCAGGUGAAGCUGGCCGCUCCCUUUGCCGAGAUCGACGAAGUGAGCGCAGGAUCUCCCGCGGAGGCUGCCGGCCUGCGCGUGGGCGAUUUGGUCUGUCGCUUUGGAACGGUGAACCUGCAGGACACUGGGGACUUGAACGCCUGCUUCAACGCCAUCAGAGAUUUGGUGCCCCGGAGCGCUGGCACCACCAUCCCAGUGACGGUCCUCAGGGGCGAGUCGCCGGCGCGUGUUGAGCUCCAGCUGACGCCGCAGCAGUGGGCGGGGCGCGGCCUGCUCGGAUGCCACAUGAACCCCAAGCCGUGA